AUGCGCCAGUCGAGGCGUAACAGAAGACAUCACGGCGGGGGUUAUACGGGUGGAGGCGCGGCGUAUACGGGAGGAAUUUAUGGAGGAGGGGGCGGAGGUGGUGACGGAGGAGGUGGCGGCGGCGGUGGUGGAGGCGAUGGAGGCGGUGGUGGUGGAUGUUAG